ACUUGCCUCGUCUUUCUAAUUUCGGCUGCGAACCCGGCGUCCAGCACCCUCUUCUUCUCCUCUUUUUCCAAUUCUGGAACUCCAUCUAUUACUCACGCGCUAUUCGAAUAUCCCUCAAAUCCCCAAAUAAAAACCCUUUUUACACAAACACCAAAAGAACAACCCGAAACCCUAGACACAUUACAUCACACAACACAAUCAUUACCUAUGAAGCUUUGAUCCUUUUUGCCCCGCCGGAAAAUGGCAUCAACUAAGCUAAUUUCCGAUCGAAGGAAGUCAUCAGCUGCGUCGUCAUCUUCGUCAUCAACGAUACCGUACGAUAUGCAAAAUAAUCAACAGUAUUCGAAUAACGGGAGUGCCAAUUUGGAAGCGACUUCAAUCACGGUUGACGGAAUAUUCAGUGAUAAUAAUAACACGGAGAUUACGUUACUCGAUGCUGCCGGAGCGAUAACUCCCAUUAGCGAUUCCGAGACACCGAUACCGCCGGUUAGAAGGACGGUUGAUGAUGUGUGGAGGGAAAUUGUGGAAGGAAAGAAGCGAUGUAAGGAGGAGAAAGUGGAUGAGAUUAUGACAUUAGAGGAUUUUUUAGUGAAAGCGGGGGCGGUUGAGGAGGAGGAUGUUGUAGCGGGGCCGGCAGUGAAGUUUGAACAAUUAGGAAGUGGUGGAAUUUAUACAUUUGAUAAUAGUAAUGAUAAUAAUACGGCGUAUAUGGCUGCUAUGCCGGUGCAGAGUGUGCAGGGAGGAUUUGGGGGGAGAGGGAAGAGGAAGGUUGUUGUGGAGCAGUUAGAUAAGGCGGCGAUACAGAGGCAAAGGAGGAUGAUUAAGAAUAGAGAGUCUGCUGCACGGUCUAGAGAGCGCAAACAGGCUUAUCAAGUGGAACUUGAGUCAAUAGCAGUUAGAUUAGAGGAGGAGAAUGAACAGCUGUUGAAAGAAAAGGAAGAACGAACCAGAUCACGCUAUAAGCAGAAAAGUUGAUGGAUCCACCCUUUGAGGCUUUUCUUGUUUUCUCUUGCAAAUCAAUUCCUGUAAAAAGUUUGCAGGAAUUUAGAAGCCUUCUCCUUCAAUCAUAUAUUUUCCUAUUUAAAUUUCUUUUUUCUCCCUGAUCAACAAAUUCACGCAAGAAAAUUGAUUUCCUUUCCUUCUACACUCUUUUGUUGAGGGACCUACUUUCUUGAAUUCUAUGACAAUUAACUUUCGAACCCAAGCAGGAUAUAAGAUCAUCUAAAGAGCAAGUCACUGGUAAGAGGUAGGCCUUAAAAAAAGGGGAAGGGCAUCUGACAAAAUUAAUAUUACAGUUUCUCGGCAGGAGUUUGGUUUCUGUUCCCGGUAGGUGAGGAUCACUUACUUAUCAAGAAAAGAAGUGGAUCCUGAAUAGACAAGUCUUUUCCAAACUUUUAGGAAAAAAAAUUGCUCAAAAUAUUCUCAUUUCAUUUUGGAACAGUUCGUGGGCUGUCAUAUAUGCUCCACUCUUGUUGUAGUAAGACAAACUCUUUUUGACCAGCUGUGAUUGAAGCUAUCAAUGUAGGGAUCUGCGUUGGGUCAAAAUUUUGAUUUUUAACUGCUACUGAUUUUGUGAGUCCUAUGUAUUCACCCGAUGAGAAUGAAUUUCCUGAUACCUUUGAAAAUGGAAGUGGGUUUGACUUGUUCGAAACUAAUUUUGGAGCCCAUGCGAAAAAGCUGGGGAAUGACCCUUUGUUUUCAGUACACAAGCUAUUGGGGAGGUCAUUGAGUAUGUUGUCUAAUGCGUUAAAAAGUAAGAGCAUGACCUGAUCCAGUUAACGAGAGUGACCUUGACCAACUUUUUGCAUUGCUUUCAAAUAUUGGUAGGCGAAUCUUUUGAAAGUAAAGUAGAGAUCUAUAUAUGAAAGGUACGAAGAAUCACAUCCUUUUCCCUCAAUUUGCUGCUAUGAGCGAAAAUCCUACAUUUUAAGUAUCCAUAUAGUUGGGUUCUUACGUUUCUGAAGUAUUGUAAGGAAGUAUCUGCGAUCAAUGCUGCAUGAAUCCGAACUGUUGGGAUGUCUUAUUUCAAUAAUGAAACAUGAGAGCACUGACUAGGUAAUUUGAACUUGUUUGUUACUGACAAAGGUAGCCUUUAAGACGAUUUUUUGAAUAAAUCCACUAAAAAUAUUACAACACUAAACUUUAAAAACAAAAAAUAGUGUUUAUAACGCUAAAACAAAGUUCUGAAUUGUAUAUCUUCAGAGAUAUAUCUCUUCUCUUGGUAUUUGUUCCGAUGCUGUUAAGAAGAUUGUCAUUGGGUUAGCCAUAUCGUGCAAUUCACAUCAAAUGGAAAGAGGAGUACUUCACUAUGUGUGUGUGGUUGUCUGGUAGACAAAACAAGGCAUAGUGGUGGACUUUCAUCUUGCAUUUCCUUACAAUAUCCUGUGAGGUAAACGGACUUAAAAGUGUAAUUUUAAGUUAAUAUACCGCUCCAAUCCAAUUAUCUAAGACAAUUACAAAAAAAUAAUAUAUGUAUAAUAAAUAAUGAAUGCCGGUUAAAAUUCUCAGUAACAAUCAGGUAACAUGCCUAAAAAAGAAAAGGAAACAGAAUGAUCAUGGCCAGAUUUCUCAAUCAUAAUGGGACUGUUUCAACUGGUAAAUCCAUUCACAUCCAGAUCUCCUGCAUGUACCUGCAUUUGGAUUCAACUGGAUCUGGUAUAACUUUGAUAUACUGACUAACCAUAUAAGAUUAUGGUUCUCCAAGUACUCGAGUGUACGAUCCCACCUUCUCUUUCUGCUUGCUCAUUCAAUCUUUGAACUGCAAAAUUAUCUGUUGACAUUGGUGUCAUUUACUUUUCUGAAAGAUUAUUUGAAGUGUCAGGAAACGGCCCUUCAAGGCCUAAUGAUGUUCUUAUAAACUGUUGUCCAAAUAAUCCUAUCCUAAACAUUUUUCUGAAAUUCAAGAGCUCUUUUUGGAUUCUUUUUCAUUUUCCCAAACUCUAUAGUUAUUUUUCUAAAAGGAAAGUAAUAAUCUCUUUAUGACAACAUGCUCAUUGACUUGUGAUGAUCGACUCUUUCCACUUUUUAUGUGUGUAAUAUAGUUAUGGUCUGCUUUACUUUCUCACUCCCUCCCUCCCAUAAUAAGUGUCACCUUAACCAAAAACAUGCAUAUUAAGAAACCAAUAAUGCAAUGUGAAGUUUACCAAAUUAUCCCUAUAUAUAAAUUACUUUUAACUUUUGAUUAGAGCAUGCACAAGAAGUAAACCUUUUGACAUUGCGAAUCCAACAAUACCAAGUUACUAUGUGGCUUUUCCAAUCAUCAUUUAGAUGUUACUUUAUUGUCUAAGGGUAGAAUUGGAAAAAACUAGUCAAGUUAUGUCUUGGUUUCCUAAGGCGACACUUAUUAUGGGAUAAAUUUUUUUGGCUAAGGUGACACUUAUUAUGGGACGGAGGGGGUAGUAUUCAAAGCCCUGUACCUGUAAUAAAAAGAAGUUAUAAUCCAUGUUAUUCAAGAAUUCCAUCCAUUAUGAAGAUUCCAUCUUACAUUUAGAUUGAGGGGGUAUAUAUCAAUGAGCCAUAAGUUCUUCCCUUUCAUUUUCUGGAACUAAAAGUGUAAAUUUCGACGUUUGCUAAUUAUUGCAAAUACAACACAAAGUUGAAUGAGAAGAACUAGAAAUUGGCUAGUGAAUAAUCUCCAUGGAAGCGAAUCUAGGUUUUCUUCUAGUUAUCGCGUCCUAUGGCAGUUGUACUGUGUGCUUUGGUCCUCAUCCAUUUCAUCCCUAGCUAUAUAUUGGGUUGCGAUGGGUGGAAAGCAACUGGAUGGAAUGAUAGAGCAAGCGUUACCUCUGUUAUGGUGGUUGUCUUUCUUUAGCAAUAGAUCCAUUGUGUAGCCUUUCACUUUUGACUGUAUGGUUAAGUUAAUAUUGUGUCACUGAUUCCCUGUUUGAGUAUGCACGAGGCUUUAUGGCUUGUAUAAGAAGCUAAUUUUUGACAUUGUCAUUAAGCUUAUCAGUAUAAAAACAAACAUUAGCAACAUGGCCAACAGAGACAAUCUACUAGGCAGUGUAAUGUCAGUACAUUUAACAUUUCUU